AACCAACUUAGAUAACUACCUCUCCCCGCCACAAAUUUGGGCGCCAAACAAGAACGCGCUCCACCUUAUAAACCUCUGUUUCUCUCUCCCUCUGCCUUCCCAAAUCCAUCUCCAUACUCAGAAUUUCUCAUCACAAACAACUCAUACAGAUUACAGAAGAGAGAGAGAGAGAGAGAGAGAGAGAGAGAGAGAGAGAGAGGGGGAGGAGGAGGAGGAGGAGGAGGAGGAAAGUGAAUCAGUUUGCGAACUGUGAACGACCAUUUUCAAGAUUCGUCCGACCGAGAGAAAAACAGAGCAGACGAAUGCACACGAUGAGCUUCCUCGCUCAUCUGGACUACCCUCAAGAACCACCGGAAGGAGAGCGAGCCCCGGUUCAAGAACGAUCCGAAGAAGAAGAAGAAGAAUGCGAUGGGGUAUGCCCCGAGAUCUUGUUGCCCCGACCCCGCGUCCUCUGCUGCGGCGGCGGCGCCAACCCCAUGAAGCGGAGGAAACUCCCCUUCUCUUCUCCUCCGCCGAUGGCCUCGAACCUCAAGAAGAGGCCCUGCUGCUCCCUCCUCGACCGGGAGGACAUCGACUACACGCUCCGCGGCUUUAGCAAUAUCACCCUCCCCUCCCUUCCCCCCUCCAAUCUCCGGCGCACCAGCUCCGAUCCGGUCCCGCUCGGCGCUCACAAGAACGCAAACGGGGUUCUUGCAGCUCCAAACGGUGGGGAUCGCGAAGGUGUGGGGUUCGACGGCGCAGUCUCUACGUCGCCACAGAAGCUUGUGUUUGGAGUCAAUCCAGCAAUGGCGGCGACUCCUUUGCUGGGGAGGGGAAGCUCGUCACCGUCCUCGCUUCCCCCCAGGCCUCCGCUACAGAGGACGGUGUCGGACCCAACCCCACACCAUUUCCCGGGGUCGAUCAACUCGUUUUCCAGUGGCUCGAGCUCAAGCGGCGGUUGUGGCAGCGCGGAGGAUAGUCCUAAUUCCAGGAGACUGAAGAGGAUGAAGCGUUGCCUUAAUGAGAUGGGCAAGUGGUGGGAUCAUAUGAUGUGCGAAGCCGAAGAGGACGGGCCUUAUAUACAAGACAACACCCGGGGCACAGAGGUUUGAUUUGAUGUGCAUAGACUUUACAUUUGUACUGAUGAUCAUGUAAUGUCGUGGAAUUUGGAGGAAGAUUUGUUACUCUGAUGUUUUCCUUCUUUUGUUUCAACUUGCGGACUGCGCAGCAGGUUGAGCGCGAAACCGUGCAGGACAAUCAAGAAACUGUGAGCGUGGAGGUCGUUGGCGAUUGCUUGUGCAUUGAUCUCGGUUGCACAUGUGGAAAGGGCUUCCAGAUUCUGCUCUGGAGAAACAAGUGCUACUACAAGCUUGUGUGAGACCCCAUUUUUGUAAUAUUGGUCCCAAAAAGAAGGCUUUCUUAACCGAGUCCACGGAUGCACAUCUUACCUGAGAAUUGAAGUUCUUGUUCUUUGUUUUCUU